AUGGAGUUCAAUCAGCAGGGUGCCGCAUUGCCCCCGAAGAAGAAGAGAGGAUACGCACAGCAAGCCUACGAGUUUGGUGGAAAUGCUGUUGGCGCAGCUCCACCACCUCCUCCAGGUCCAGCAGGCUCAGCGGGCUAUCAAGGACUUGAUGCGCAGCCCGGCUUCCAGCAAGGAUUUCAACAAGGCUAUAAUGCACCGGAUCAACUGUCGUCGCAGUUUGGUCAGAUGGGCCUUGGGCCUGGGCAACCUGCUCCAGGAAUGACUGCUCCAGGAAUGCCACAACCCCCACCGCCCGCGCAUCAGCAACAGCAAGCUCCGCAACAGUCUGCAUACCUGAACCAACUACAACCUAGUGACCUCCUAGGGCAACCUCUAAAUGUUUUUGAAUUGGAGCAACCGCCUCCUGCAAUCAACCUACCGCCCAAUACAAGCGUUACCCCAUCGCCACACGCAAAUUGCCCUCCAAAGUAUAUUCGAUCGACUUUGAACACCGUGCCGACCACACAUUCCCUCCUAAAAAAGUCGAAGCUACCCUUUGCGCUUGUGGUGCAACCUUACAGCUCUCUACAUGAUAUUGAGGAUCCCGUGCCCGUUGUUUCUGACCAAGUUAUCUCGCGUUGUAGGCGUUGUCGAUCGUACAUCAACACCUUUGUUACAUUCCUGGACCAUGGCCACAGGUGGCGCUGCAAUAUGUGCAACCUUACCAAUGACGUUCCACAAGCCUUUGACUGGGACACGACGAACAACAAGAGCGUGGACCGAUGGCACCGAGCAGAACUGAAUUACUCGGUAGUUGAGUUUAUUGCUCCUUCUGAGUAUAUGGUCCGGCCUCCACAGCCUCUAGUCUACUUGUUCCUUUUAGAUGUCAGCUAUGCCUCAGUCACGAAUGGAUUGUUAGCGACGGCUGCCAGGUGUAUAUUAGAAAGCUUGGACCGGAUACCCAACGCUGACCGUCGAACACGUCUAGGUUUCAUCGCUGUGGACUCAGCUUUGCACUACUUUUCCAUACAACGCGAUAUCCCAGUGGAAGAGGGGGCAGAACCCCAAAUUAUUGAACCUAGCAUGCUGGUAGUCAGCGACCUAGAAGAGCCUUUCUUACCCACGCCGGAGGACCUUCUCGUAAAUCUUUCAGAAAGCCGAAGAAAUGUUGAGAACUUCCUGGAGAAGCUCCAAUCCAUGUUCCAGGAUACCCAAAAUGGCGCCUCUGCGAUGGGCGCUGCCUUGCGCGCUGGCCAUAAAUUGAUAUCCCCAGUUGGAGGGAAGAUAUCGGUGCUCACCUCUAUGCUGCCAAAUCUAGGUUUCGGUAAGCUCGAAAUGAGAGAAGACAAGAAACUGCUUGGUACAAGUAAUGAGGGCAAACUUCUCCAGACUGGUAACAGCUUCUAUAAGAGUUUCGCCGUCGAGUGUUCGAAGAACCAGGUUUCGAUUGACAUGUUCUUAUUCUCAUCACAAUACCAGGAUGUAGCAAGUUUGAGCAACCUACCGAGAUAUACUGGAGGUCAGACGUACUUCUAUCCUGGAUGGAACGCUGCGAGGAGCGAAGAUGCCAUCAAAUUUGCCCGCGAAUUCAGCGACUACCUCUCAUCAGAAGUUGGUCUCGAGGCUGUGUUGCGAGUACGUGCGACCACCGGGCUGCGGAUGAGUUCUUUCUACGGGAACUUCUUUAAUCGCAGCUCAGACCUGUGUGCAUUCCCCGCGUUCCCAAGAGAUCAAAGCUACGUUAUCGAGGUUGCAAUCGACGAGACUGUUACGAAGCCGUUUGUCUGUAUGCAAGCCGCAGUGCUUCACACGACCUGCAAUGGAGAACGACGCAUCCGUGUUCUGACCCUUGCUCUACCAACAACAGAGUCGCUAUCUCACGUGUAUGCCUCCGCAGAUCAGCAGGCAAUUACAGAGUUCUACAGCCACAAAGCCGUAGAACGAGCACUUGGCAGCGGUCUUGAUGCCGCACGAGAUGCACUUCAGGCAAAGAUAAUUGAAAUCCUGCAAACGUAUAGGAAAGAGCUGGCAGGGGGUAAUAUGGGCGGAGGUGGAUUGCAACUGCCUUACAAUCUGAGAGGGCUUCCAGUGUUGUUCCUUGGUCUCAUGAAGAACGUUGGCCUUCGAAAAUCAGCACAGAUUCCGUCGGACCUCCGUGCUGCGGCCCUCUGCCUCCUUUCCACGUUGCCUCUGCCGUUGAUGAUGCAGUACAUCUACCCCAAAUUAUACUCAUUUCAUGAUCUUCCUGAUAGCGCCGGACAUCCAGACCCUCAAACUGGAGAGAUCAUCCUCCCGCCACCGUGCAAUCUGUCGUCGGAACGCAUUGUACCAUAUGGGCUAUAUCUGAUCGAUGAUGGUGUCAAUCAAUUCCUGUGGGUUGGCCGUGAUGCAGUGCCUGCGCUACUGUUGGACGUAUUCGGGAUCGAGGACAAGAACGGUAUCAAACAGGGCAAGUCGACGAUGCCAGUAGUCGACAACGAGAUGAACGAACGCGUGAGAGCCAUCAUUGAGAAGAGCCGAGACCACCGGGCGAAAGGUGUUGGAAGCAUUACAGUGCCAUCACUAUAUGUGAUUCGUGAAGAUGGUGAUCCGAGUCUUAAGCUUUGGGCACAAACACUGCUGGUAGAGGACCGGGCAGAUCAAGGGGUCAGUUUAGCACAGUGGAUGGGAAUGUUGCGUGAAAAGGUUAGUGAAGAAGAAGUCCCUGUACCGUUGAUUCUAUCAACGUGGCCAGACUAG